GGGAGCGGAAGAAGCAUAGGUGAGAACUGAAGAUUGGGACUGCGAAUACUUGCGCUGGAAAGUGGCAACGCAUCAACUACCUCGGUAGACGACCUUCAUGUACUGUUUUCCUGAAUUCGCGCUUUUGCUCGAUCAGGAGAAUCAUCAUUUUUCAAUUAUCUUCGCUCCCUUUGGAAUUAUGGAUGCGUAUGGUAGUCGCUUGUAUUAGCGAAAAAAUGCAGAGAAUGGUUAAGCUAGCUUUCUAACAAAUACGUAUUUGACUAGACUUCCUUUGAUGUACUGCCGAACGAAGGAAAUCUCCCGCUCCAAUUCUUCGCUGACGUUUUGAGGCUCACAGCACAAGAUGGAGAACAUGCAGUAUGCAGAGGAGCUUGUGAGGGAGUUUCUUGUCUUCCGAGGGUUUACAAGUACUUUGCAAGCUUUGGAGUCUGAAUUGUCCACUGACAUUGGCAAAGGAUUUCAAGUGGAUAGGAUUCUAGAGUUAAUUUUCUCAGUAUACGUGCCCAAAUUCCAGGCCGAAAAACUAGUUGGUCUGCUGAAUUUUUUCAAGCAAUGCCUUUCAUCUACUGAGAUGGUUCUUAUUGCCACCUUAUCAAAGUUGGAGGUCUCAAUUUUACGUUACUAUAUUGUCCAUGCUGUACAGUUUGGAAGGAAAGAUAAACUUACAGAAUUUUUUGGGACUUAUGGCAAUGUUUUGCUACAAAGCAGCCCGGACUGGAUGCCAUGGUUCGCUAUUCCAUAUCUAAAGAACCCGAAUUUAGAUCCUCAAUUUUGUGUUUACUUUUCAAGAGAGUGGUUGGAUACCUUACAUCUUUCAUUCAGAAAUUUCUUGAGCGAAAUCUUCAAUGGUACUCGUAUCCCUACCCUAUUAAAGAUCAGUACUGAGAAGAACACAAUCAAGCGUCUAAAGAAAGACAUUAGACAACUCAAUGAUAAGUUGUCACAGCUUCAGGCUCUAUUAGAGGAUAAGGAUGCUCAGCUAUGCCUGCUAAGAAGUAUGGCUCCAUCAGCAACAGAAAGAGGCAUGAUCCAAAAGAAUUUCGCUCCACAUCCGAUAUCUGAGACUCCGGUUAAGGAUGCAAAUGAAGAAGUUAAACUUCCGUCUGGUGGUCUUGAUGAAUGUAAAGAUACUUUUACUACUGACCAUCAAGGAGAAACUGAAGCUGGGGUUCGGGAUUGGGAUGCUACUAGCCCCACUACAUUAUCAUCAAGACUGGCCUUUCCCAAGCAAGAACAUGGUUCGAGUACUACAAAGCUUCCUGUUGGAGAGGGUGGAGCUAAGGAAGGACUUCAAAUAUUCCAAGGUGCCCUUUAUACAGCAAAUGGUGGAGAAGUGCGGAUCGAAGAAGAAUUUCCAGAAGUGAAAGUUGAGUUCCAGGAAACAUUCUUAGGCCACACCAGUCCAAUUAGUAGGUGCCGCUUCUCUGCUACCGGGAACAAUAUUGCAAGUGCUUCUCUGGAUGGCACAGUCAGGAUAUGGACGUAUGACUCUUCGACCUCAACAUCUAGAAAUGCAACUAUAUAUUGUGGGGCAGAGAUUAUGUCGCUGGACUGGGAGUGCAAAUCUGACCGCUUGUUGCUCAUAGGCACAGCUGAUGGGGGCAUUAAAGCGUGGAAUGUUGAUGCAAAAAGGGUUGUUUGUGAUCUCAGUACUACUGAAAAAUAUCCAAGAGUCUUGGAUCUGAAGUGCAGCCCUGUGGAACCAAUUUUUGUCUCUGCAGCAGCAUCCAGAGGGCAUGGCUCAAGUUUUAUUGACCAAAUGGGGUUUGCUUCAUUAACUGUCUGGAACAUGAAGACAUGGAAGGCUACGACAGUCCUCCCUCUCGGUAAUGAUCCACCAGCAAUUACUUCUGUUUGUUUCAAUCACAAUGGGAAGAUUUUGGCAGCUUCUGCAACUGAUGGGAUGAUUCACAUGUUUGACAUGUCAGCCGGCCUACAGAUUACAGGGUGGCCUGCCCAUGACUCUGCAGUAAGCUCUGUUCUUUUUGGGCCUGAUGAGACAAGCAUUUUCAGCUUGGGUUCUGAUGGAAAAAUAUUUGAGUGGAGCUUGCAUAACCAAGGUCGAAUUCUUUGGUCUAGAGAUUGCAAUAGGUUCUUCAACCAUGAGAGUGCAGAAAUUUGCAGGCAUGAAAUGGCAUUAGAUGCGACUGGGAGGAGACUUUUGGUAACUUCCAAUUCAGUUAGAUCGCCGAUAUAUCAGGUUCAAGGUCAUCAUACGAGCGGGUUGAGAACGCUUCCGCACACAGGAGCUAUAACAACAGUUGAUUGGCACCCAACCUUGCCUAUCUACUUGACUGGAUCAGCUGAUCACUCAGUCCGCGUCACAUCCAUUUCUUGAGGUUUUCAGUUUAUUCAUUCAUACCUUUCUUUUAUUUAUUGUUUGUUUUGGUUGGAGGGCUAGGAUUUAACCCAGGUAGUAAGUAUA